CCGGCCCGGCCCCGGCGGCGGGCAGCGAGUGACUUCAUCGCGGCUUCCUGGCCGGCGGGCGGGGGCGGCGCGCAUAAAAGGAGGCGAGCGCCCGGCUAGCCCGGCAGAACCCGCAGCCUCCGCACGCAACAGGAUGCAGCUUCUCCUCGCCGCCGCCGCCGUGGCCUGCGUGGCCCUUUCUCAGGCCGCCCCCGCGGGGUCCCCUCCCGCCCCUGGCGUGGCCCGCGUGGCCAGGCUCUCCACCGACUUCGGCGUGAAGGUGUUCCAGGAGGUGGUGAAGGCCUCCAAGGACCGGAACGUGGCCUUCUCGCCUUACGGCGUCGCUUCGGUCUUGGCGAUGCUGCAGAUGACGGCCGCGGGAGAGACGCGGCGCCAGAUCCAAGAAGCCAUGGCCUUUGACGUGAACGAAUGGGGCGUUCCCCGAGCCCUGCGGCGGCUGCAGAAGGCGCUGACGGACCCGAGGAACGAGGACGUGGUGGACACCGCAGAUGCCAUCUUUGUCCAGCGGGACCUGGAGCUGGCCCCAGGCUUCAUGCCGAGGUUCCACCGGCUGUUCCACCAGAUGGUCAAGCAGGUGAACUUCACGGAGAGCGAGCGGGCUCGCCGCAUCAUCAACGACUGGGUGCAGCAGCACACGAAAGGCAUGAUCCAGGACUUUUUGCGGGAGGGGGCCUUGGACCAGAUGACCCGCCUGGUGCUGGUGAACGCCAUCCACUUCCAGGGCCGCUGGAGCCUGCCCUUCCCCGAGAAAGCCACUCGCCAGCGCCUCUUCCACAAGCUGGGGGGCAACACCGUCUCGGUCCCCAUGAUGGAGCAGUAUGCCAAGUUCAACUAUGGUGAAUUCUCCACCCCGGAGCAAGUGGAGUACGAUGUCAUUGAGCUGCCCUACCAGGGGGAGGCGCUCAGCAUGUUUGUGGCAGCUCCCUUUGAGAGGGAGGCCCCCCUCGCCACCCUCAGCGCCCUCCUCAGCGCCCAGCUGGUGGCAGACUGGAAGAGCAACAUGACGGGGGCCGCGCGGCUCCUGGUGCUGCCCAGAUUCUCCCUGGAGAGCGAAGCUGACCUGCGCCUGCCUCUGGAGACCCUGGGCAUGAAGGACAUGUUUGAUUCCAGCGUGGCCGACUUCAGCAGCCUCUGCGACCGCGAGUCGCUCUUCGUGGCGCAGGCACUGCAGAAGGUGAAGAUUGACGUCCAUGAAAGCGGGACAGAGGCCUCCUCUGCCACAGCUGCGGUCAUCUACUCCCGGAUGGCUCCUUUGGAGAUCGUGAUGGACAGGCCCUUCCUCUUCGUGCUGAGGCACAAUCCCACCGGCACCCUCCUCUUCAUGGGGCAGGUCAUGGAGCCCUGAGUGCCUCCCCCACCGCACCCCGCUCCGAAGACCGGCCUCUCUCUGGGGCGGGAGGAAGCCCUUCGGCCUGCGGCUGCCCUUCUGUCCUCCAGGGAGGCCUGGCCGGCCAGCCGCUCCUGGGAGAGGGCCGCCACCCACCUCUUCACCCGCCGGGGAGCUCCUGGCCCGCGAGAGCUUUCCUCCUCGGGCUUCCUUGGCCUGGGCAGGAGCUGGCCGCUGCUCUGCCUCCCGCAGGAGUGGUCUGGCCUGGGCCAGAAGUCCCCACCGGCAGCUGGAAGGGGCUCGAGGUGCAGGCCGACAGGGUCUUCGGUCUCUUCACGGACAGAAGGCCCUUCAAGGACCACUGGAGGCAGCAGGCAGCAGAUGACGGCGGGGUGGGCUGGCAGCAGAGUUUUCUGAGGCCGGAGCCCCGGAUGCUUUUCCCUGCCUCAUGCUGGGCUGGGACUCUGCACAGUCAGGACUAGUGCCUUAAAUGUAUGCUUAUCUGAGCAGGUGAUGUGUGUAUGUCGGGAGGAACAGGCCCUUCCCCUUUGGGUGGCAAUGUAUGUCUGUGUCUUGUGAGCAAAGGGUGGUACCAGUCCCUUGGAGGGGGGUCUCCCCAGCUUCUGGUUCCCCACUGGAGAGGGACAGACGGAGGACGACCAGCACUCGGCAUCCUUCUGCCCUCUCAAGGCAAAACCCAGCAAAGGGCAGUCAGCAUCGCCCUGGCCUCUUCCGGCACUUCAUCAGAUGCGCUGAGGUGGGGAAGAGGAGGCUGGAAGGCCAGCAGCAGGGAGAGGGUGCCCCCUCCCCGAAGACCUCUGGGGCCUGUGAAUGCACACUCGCCAAAGCGCAGGAGCAGAUGCGAAGGAGCCAGAGAGGACCACGGCGCCACCAGGAGGCGAACGCCCUCCUGGCCUCCCAAGGCAACAUUUCGGGUCUCUGCAAUCUGUGGUGAUGUCGAAGCAUCGCGGCAUGUGCCAGCAGCCCAGUGGCUUCAGUCGUGCUGGCCCUCGGGACAUUCUUGGCCGCCCCAGCCACUGAAAGGAGGCAGGAGCUGUGCCAGAGGCCAGCAGACUUCACCCUAACCGUUCCGGAGGCCCCGUCUUCAGCAAGGUCUUAGGCAGCUGGGCUGCUCUCGGAAGGGGGGUUGCAGCCCCCUUCCUGCCGCGCACGGACAUUUUGGGAAUGACUCCGAAAGGGUCCCCGGAGUUCCUGCCCUUUUGGCAGAGCCAUGUCCAGUUGACUCUCGACUGGCGCUGGAACGGCUGACUUGUGCAAAUGGGUGCUGGCUGUGGCUCUUUCCCCGCAGAGGGCCCAAGGGGUUUGCUGGGAGGUGGGGGCUCUGCUCACGGCCGUCCCACCAGGUAAAGGCUGUGCCCUUGAUGGAGAUCCAGGAAAAUGCUCCUGCUGCAAAACUGGCCCUGACCCUUUGGCACCCACCGUGGGGCGGUGGUGGGGAGGUGGGGCGGGCCCCGGAGUUGCUGUUGGAGUACAACGCUCAUCAUGCCCAGCCACAGUACGUCGCAGCUGGGCAUGAUGGGGAUUGUAGUCUUAUGGCAGCUGGAGAGUCUCCGGUGGGCCAGCUCUCCGUCUGUCUCCUGUUCCUAGGAAGGGAGGGCUGGGCACUUGCUGUGCCCAUUGCUGGGAAAUCUCCCCCAACCCGGAUGCAGGAAGCUCCGUGUCAGAUGAGCCUGAAACUGGCUGGCCAUUGGGGGGCCAUUUUUGUGGCCAAUCUGUCCUUGGUGAGAGCAGCUCCAGUGCCAGAGGCCUGACUUGAGGCCCCGGGGCCAGGCGCAGCUGAGCCAGGCUCAGGCCCACCCCCCCCUCCCUGCCCUUGCCGGAGAUCAUCUUCUAGAGCCAUUUCCGGGUGUGUCCCUCCCUGGGAGGGGAAGAGGGUGGACAACUCCCAAGCCGGCCCUGGCGCCCAGGAGGUAGAAGGAGAGCUCGCUCUGCUCAGAUGGGGAGCGUCUUCUUUCAGAAGCUGUACAGGAACUUGACGUGUGUGUAUAUAGAAAUAUAGCUAUAUAUGGGGGUGGGGAGAGAGGAUAUUUAUCCUUUGUAUUCUACUUUUGAUAUGGAAUUAAAAACACCAGCACUACGAA